AUGGAUCCGACGUCUCUGUCCGUACGUUACCAACUUCUCCUCGAGGAACUAGCAAGCUCCGUGCAAUCAUGGUCUCCGCAGAGCCCAAGCACAGCGGCUAAUCAAGCCCAAACUCCCGCUGCACCUGUUCCACUGCAAUUCAGUGUGAGUACCUCAGCUAGUUAUACCAGUACACCACUUCCCGAAAAGUUUAAUGGCUCACCUGUAGCGUGUGAAGGAUUUCUUCAGCAGUGCAGCUUAUAUACGAAUCAUCAGCCCCAGUUUUACACCUCGGAUUACGACCGUGUUUCUUUCAUCUGCUCACUGUUAACUGGAAAGGCUCAGGAGUGGACAGGCACGUUUUGGGAACCAGGUCGGAUGUCGUUUCCUUCUUACGACGUGUUUACCGCCCUAUUUAGAAAGGCUUUUGAACUCUCAGCAGAAAAGGAGGAUCCCGAGGAACUGCUCUUAUCCCUGCGCCGGGGAGUGACAGUGGAGAUUUCGCCGGUCGAACCAGAGUUUGAGCGCGUGCCAGCCGACUCGAAAGAAUCAAGUGCCGAGUUGAGUGAAUCAACCUUGGCAUCACAGCCCAUUGAAGUGGCAGCUCUAGGAAGGCCUCUGUUUCCUGGUAUGCUGUAUGACUGCCGCAAGGAUACCUUCAUUCCAGCUGUCACUCUGUGGGAUAAGAAGUCACUGACUGAAGAUUUGGACACUCGUCCACAGCCCAGGACAAAUGUGAAGUUCAGUAGCUCAGACUCUCUCUCUAGUAAGUCCAGUCUCCUGGAUGUAAGUGCUUCCCUGAAGGCCAGCUUCUUGGGAGGGCUGGUGGAGGUGGGAGGAUCUGCCAAGUUCCUGCGUGACUCCAAAUCCUCAAACCAACAGUCCAGAGUUACAAUGUAUUACAGUGAAACCUCUAGAUUCGAACAGCUCACUAUGACUCAUCUGGGCAAGAUCACCUACCCUCAGGUCUUUGACCAGAAAACUGCAACUCAUGUGGUCACGGCGGUACUGUACGGAGCUCAGGCUGUCAUGGUGUUUGAUCGGACAUUUUCAGAAGAGGAAGACAAGCAGGAGAUUGAGGGAGAACUGGAUGUCAUGGUCAAGAAGAUUCCUAAAUUUUCCAUUGAGGGACAAGGAGCAGUAAACAUGACCGAUGCUCAAAUGAAAGUGGCUGAGGGGACUGCCUGCACGUUUUAUGGUGAUGUCCACCUUGAGCAGAACCCCACCACUUACACGGAGGCCCUGGAGGUGUACAAGAAGCUCCCCACUAUACUGAAGGAGAAUCCACUGAAUGCAGUUCCAAUAAAGGUCUGGCUCCAUCCUCUUUCUCUGCUGGAUACAAAAGCUGCUCGGUUGGAGAGAGAAAUCACCACACAUCUGGUUUCCAAAACUGAAGAUAUAAUCGAGGGGCUGGGAGAAGUACAGAGGACGUGCAACGGCCUGUCUAAAAAACCGAUGGAAAAUGUUUUCAAUGACAUCAAAGAGAGGCUAAGUUUAUUUCAGGGCUGUCUUAACAUUUAUCAAACGGUGCUCCUGAAAGCAGUGGCCAAGGUCUUGCCUGCUAUACGAGGAGGAGAGAUGGAGCAAAAAUCAUUGGAAGACAUCCUGAAGAUCCACUACAGCUCCCCCUUUAAUGCUGACAUGCUUAACCAGUGGUUAGAUCAUGCAACGGCUGAACUCAACCUCUUGAGUUCUCACACCGAGACACUGAAGGGUAUCAAAACUGUAGACUCAAACUGUCUCAAAACCAUCCUCUUUAAUCCUAAUAUUGAUGUUGUGGUGGGCUUGACCCUCACAUCUCUGAAGUAUGAAGACCCAGAUCUCUCAAACCUGAAGAAGUUUCUGGAGUCUGAUGAGUUUAAAGAGCUAGAUGUGGUGAAACUGCAGUCAAGCACUGUAGCAUCUGUCAGAAAAUGGUUCAACGAUCCUAAUAUCACUUCAAAGAUGAGAGAGAAUUUAUCUCUUUUCAGGAGUUUUUCAGAGGCUAAUAAAGAUGAAAAGAGAUAUCGAUUCAUUAUUUCUGCCAUCUCCGACCCCUCCAGUCCAGGCUCCUCUAUCUAUCUGUAUGAAAAAGGGAAGCUGACUGACACACAGUUCCAGCCCGUGUCGAAGCCUCCCCCACCAGAAGUGAAGGAGAUCCUGGAGGACAGUGUGUCCCUGAAACUGCAGAAGUCCCCAACUGGAGAAACUGUGCAGUUCAGAGUGGAGUACCAGCAGGUGAAAGCAGAUUCUGACGCUGAGGAACAGUGGAUGAUCAUAAACACAGCUGAUGAAGACUUUACUCUGACUGGAUUGAAGUCUGGAAAGCAGUACUUGAUCCGCUACAGGAUAGUGGGUAAAGUGGGAGUGAGUGAAGCCAGUGGCACUAUUGGCCCCAUACAGUCUUCAGGUAAGUGUCAUAAGCCAUUUUUCAGAAAAUAUUACACAUGCCAUAGCAGAUGAAUACAACAAAGAACU